CAGCAGACCUCCACUAUCGACUUCGGUUUUUUUCGCUUCAUGAGUGAUCUGAUGGUGGCACAUCUGGUUCUUCGUCAUUUGUUCACUUUCUAUCCUUCAGAAACUCAACAACACUUGGCAGGAUUAUCAUGAAAACACCCAGACGAGUUCCCUGGACCUCUCAAACAGAGCUAACAGAGCUUUAUGACAUGCUCUUCUCGCCUGCCGCGGAUCUUGAGAGCAGACGACGAGGUUUAGCAAGAAUGAGCAUAUACAUUUCAUCACCAUCAUGUCCUUCUUUCAUACAUCUUCUUCAUUCUCUGGUUGCUGCGGAACUCUUACCUUAUCCCCCGCCUCGAGGAGCCGAAGAGUCGCAGAGGAUGAGAAUGAUGAUGGGUAUGGCAAUUGUACGAUUUGUAAAUGGGAUGGUCGACCCUCUACAGACUGGUUCGUAUGCCCGUCCCAUAUCUCAUCUUGCAGCCACCCUCGGUCUUCCUCCUUCUUUGAUCGCCCUUCGACAUCGAGCAACCCACGAGGAUCUUCCCCCUCUACCAUUACUGCAUCAAGCUGUGACGCAAUGUAUCGUAUAUUUGCAUCAAAACUCAUUCGUCCCACUCGUAACGUCCUCAUAUGGCUCACCACCACCGGCAGUUUUAGAAAGACAGCAGGCAACUGCGAAGCGAAUAGAUGGCCUCUUGAAAAAGUGGAAAAAAAUCGCGAAAAACAGAUUGAGAGAUAAAGAAGUAAGAGAGGAGGACGAAAGCGCGAUUGAGAUGAAGAAGGUCAGAAAAGAAUUAGAAGGAGAGGUUGCUGGAGCGAGCGGCAUUGUCAGAGGUUUAGUGGAAGUAGGCAGCCUAGUGCCUCUUGCUAAAAGAAAACGGGCGUCGCAGAAGGCAGUUUCUCCCCCACCUCCAUCUCUCAAGAUUUGGGAACCUCUCUUAACCCAUUUGUCCGACACUACCAUGCCAGACCUGUCCUCAACAUUAUCUGUCCAAAUCCUUGAUAUUCUUCUCAACCCAUCUACAAGCCCUAUUCUUUCUCAAGAGCCUCAAGGGUUUAAUCCCUCGGAGGAGUUGAUCUCGUUGAAUGAAGAUGAGAAAGAUACAUCUGGAGAAAGCGAGUCUUAUCGAUGGGGUUUGGCAGUGUGGUUAAUCUAUUUUUGGGGAAACAGUUCAUCAGAGAGCGCGUUGAAAUUGACACAAGAAGAGAAGAAAGCCAUUUACCGAAGGCUGGCUCUCACGUUACUGCACAAAUACGACGAUCCUAUUUUAACACGGUUACAUAAGUGUUUGGCCGAGCUUGACGAGUCUCUCCGGGACAUCGCAAAUGAUCUUAUCGUUCUGUCAAAGACGGAUGCUCGCGAUAAUUUAACAGAUAGCGAUAUGGAAGUUGAUGUCAUUGAAAGCCGCCUUCAGGCAAUGGAGAAGCGAUUGGUCGAAGUUGAAGGUCGCUCUGCACCAGCCCAGAUCAACGAUGCAAAUGCUGCGCCAGUCAUAGAGUCAGCAUCAUUACCUGGCUGGCGUCGAUUGACACCUCAAGAAUGGACACCAUGCCCCAUCGGAACAUUUAUAUAAUCAUUUGACUUAUUUACAAGUUUGCUUGGCAUGACGGGUAUGAUGCAUGGUA